CAGAAUCAAAGCUUAUAUAGUUAUUUUAUUAUACAAAAAAUUCAUCAAUUAUGAAGUACAUGGUUUUUAUUAUUGUAUCAUUUCUUAUAUUCUUCAAAACUUUUGCUUUUAAAGCUUUUGAUCAAUGUGAUAGAGAUUUUACUGAUUUUGAUGCCACUUCAGGCAUUAAAUUCCUGUCAAAUCAUCAGAUCGAAUUAACAUUAGAAGGACCAAACUCAAGAGAAAAUCCUGGAAAUUUGCCAUGUUGUGUGCAACAGGGGCCAAUGAUUAUUAGUAAUUAUACGUUUCAUAAUAGAGAUCACUCCCUUAUUUAUACUAUUGUACCAGAAAAUAAACGUAUAUUGGUAAAUGGAUACACUAGAACAGAUAUCAUAAAUGCGAAUGAUUGUUCGAGUGGAAACUUUGAUUGUAAUUCACUUUAUCAAGGAUCAUUUAUUUACACGCGGGCUGAUAAUUAUGAUCCCACGAAAUUUUUCAAACCAGGAGAGAAUAUCGGGGUGGGAAUAACUAUAUAUUCUGCUUGUUUCCAUCACUUAGAAACGGUUUGCUUAACUACUUGUAGGUAUACCGGUGGUUUAAUUUAUACUCCACCACAAUAAAUGGAUUUUUUUUUUUUGAUAUGCGGAUUUACUAUGAAAUUCCGAUCAUCAGAAUCCCGUUAUAACACAAACUCGGCGCUCACAAUCCUGAUUAUCC